CCCACUAUUAUCCCCUGCAGCUUGUCGAUCACUUGAACCAAAACAAUAGUGACUACAAGGGGGAAAUGUGGUCACAGCGCUACUACGUUUGGUCCGAUCAUUUCAAGGGACCUGGGCAUCCCAUUUUUCUGAUUCUUGGAGGAGAAGGUCACAUUCCGCCAGAGGUUGGUAUCAAGUACCCAUUUGUCAGUGAUCACCUGGCCAAGAAUUUUGGAGCUUUUGUCGUCCAACCAGAGCAUCGAUUCUAUGGAUUCUCACAGCCAUUAUUAUUGACACAACAACAAACGGAUCCCACCUCGGGAGAAAGCAACCAACCACAAUCUUCUGCAGCAAGGCUGCGAAGGAGGAAUCUUGAGGGGAACUGGGAGGUAGCAGAGGAUCCCCGUGUGCAACUCUUCACAGCUGAACAAGCACUGAUGGAUGCUGUCCGCUUGGUACAGCAUGUAGCUCAAGACCGGCUCCAUUGCUCUCCGGACAAGUCAUCCUCCACGUACUGUCCCGUUAUCACUGUUGGGGGCUCCUAUCCUGGAUUUCUGAGCAUGUCUGCUCGGCUACGAUUUCCAAAUGUAAUUGACAUGUCCUAUGCAGCUUCUGCUCCUGUCAAAUUCUACUCUCAGCAAGUACAAGAAGGAGAUUACUACAAUCAUAUUUCCAAGGUUGCAGAGAAAACGAUUCCUGGGUGUUCCAAAGCUGUCAGGCAAGCAUUGGACGCUGUGGUACAGGAAGGCUCCUCAUGUGACUAUAUUCCUGCACUGGAUGUUGGCAUUUGCCCUGGGACGCUUCCGGACUACAUUGAAAAUCGACAAUUGUUUUUAGAAGAGCUAGUCAUGAUGGUAGGAUACACGUUUGCCAAUGACAAUAUGGCCAAUUAUCCCCCUUCACCACAGACCAACCUGUACAAGGAUUGUCAAAUUUUCUUGGACUCCCACACCAGUGCUAUUGACAAGGUCAAGAUAUUCCUGACAGAGAGACUAGGAAGAGGUGCUGACUGCUUUGACAUGAGUCUGCAGCUUCCAACAGGGCCCAAUGCUACUAUAUCAGGGGGAGAUUGGAGUGGUGAUGGCACUGGCGCUGAUGCAGAGAGUUGGGAUUUUCAAACUUGUACACUUUUGGUGGAGAAAAUUGGUUUUUCCAAUGAAUCCAUGUUCCCUCCUCGCAACUGGACACUGGACUGGAUGAAUGCGCAUUGCCAAGACAGAUUUGGAGUUAUGCCACGUCCAACAGAGCUCGUUGAGAAGUGGAGGUUUGAUGACCUGAUUGCUGCCAAUGCCAGUCGUAUCUUGUUCACAAAUGGGUUGAAUGAUGGAUGGUCUGUUGGUGCCGUGAAACAAAACUUGUCGGAUAGUCUGUUGGUGUUGAACUUUGAGAAUGGAGCCCACCAUUCGGAUCUGAACUCAGUGGGUCCCAGGGACACAGACACUGAGGAUAUCAAAGAGGGAUACAUCAUUGUCCAGAACAUACUUUCCAAGUGGUUGGAAGAAGUCAAGGAGCUAGCGUACCAUUGAAGUUGGGUAAGCCCAUCAUUGCAUACUGAUACAUAGAUACAACAAACAACAUGCUAUUCAGCCAGUAACUACAUUCAUGGUAAUCUCAUUUCCGUGCUCCUUCUAUUCGAUGAUGGGU